AUGCCAUUGACUGACCUAUGUUUACACCUUGGCUCUCCCCCAACCCUUCUCCCUUUCCGCCCCAGCAUCGACUUUCCCCCCAGCUAUCAGAGCUGGGACGCCACAGACCCAGCAUCACUCUUCACUGCCCCCACUGUCAAGACGGAGUCCAACCCCAAGGUGCGUCGCAUUUUGAAUCCAGGUGCUCUCUUAGGAGAUGCACCUGAGUCCAAUCCCAAGGCGCAGCAGAGGCGCAGCGGAGGCGCAGCAGAGGCGCAGCAGAGGUGCAGCAGCCAUUCUUCAGCCUCUUUCGAGGUUUCUCAGAAGCCCACUCUUCACUGCCCCGACCACAAGACAGAGUCCAACCCCAAGGCGCAUGUGUGCAAGCACCUACAGACGGAGGCCAAGGGGUGUGAUGCCCUCGUGCUGUGGCUGGACUGCGAUAGGGAGGGCGAGAACAUCUGCUUUGAAGUGAUGGCCCAUACACAGCCCAGCAUGAGGUCACCUCAGAGCGUCUAUCGGGCGAAAUUUUCAGCGAUUGGCGAAAAGGACAUUCGGCAGGCGAUGGCUCGACUGGGGGUACCCAACGAGGCGGAGGCGAAGGCAGUGGAUGCGAGGCAGGAGAUCGACCUGAAAGUGGGGGUGGCGUUCACAAGGUUCCAGACGCGCUUCUUUCAAGGGAAAUACGGCAACCUCGACUCGUCCCUCAUCUCUUACGGCCCGUGCCAGACGCCCACGCUGGGCUUCUGUGUGGCGCGCCACCAGCGCAUCACGUCGUUUGUCUCGGAGCCCUUCUGGGCGGUGCGGCCAAUCGUGGUUCGCGACGGCCGCCAGCUGGCGCUGCAGUGGGCGCGGGGGCGGCUGUUCGACAAGGAGGUUGCAGAGUUCUUCCAACGAGACGUGGCGGCAGGGGGCGCUGCCGUUGUGAAGAGCGUUGUGGGGAAAGAGGAGAGAAAAGGACGACCCACAGGCCUUAACACGGUGGAGAUGCUGAAGGCUGCUUCGAGUGGGCUGGGCAUGGGGCCGCACCAUGCCAUGCAGAUCGCUGAGAGGCUCUACACACAGGGGUACAUCAGCUACCCUCGCACGGAGUCAACAGCCUACCCCUCCUCCUUUGACUAUAAAGAUGCCCUUUCGAUACAGUCACGGCAUCCCAUAUGGGGGGAGUAUGUGCAAUCACUGCUACAUCUCGGGCCCUCGCCGCCCCGCGCGGGAAAAGACGAGGGAGACCACCCGCCCAUCACGCCCAUGCGCACUGCAGACGAGGGGGAGCUGGGCGGCGGGGACGCGUGGCGGCUGUAUGACCUUGUAACGAGGCACUUUAUAGGGAGCUUCAGCCCUGACUGCCGGAUCGCAAGGACAAGUGUCACCUUCUCAGUGGCUGGAGAGCAGUUCUCAACAUCGGGACGAAAGCUGCUAUCCGCAGGAUUCACUGCAGUCAUGCCGUGGCUGGCCGUGGGAGACGAGGGCCUCCCAACCUUCACGCAGGGGGAGAGCGUUGCGCUGAGUGCAGUGGAGCUCUACGAGGGCCUCCCGACCUUAGUGCAGGCUGAGAGCGUUGCACUCAGUGCCGCGGAGAUGUAUGAGGGCCGCACCUCCCCACCGGACUAUCUGACAGAGAGUGAGCUGAUUGGGCUGAUGGAGCGACACGGCAUCGGCACUGAUGCGUCCAUCCCCGUUCACAUCAACAACAUCUGCGAACGGAACUAUGCUCAGGUGGCACCGGGUCGUAAGAUUGUGCCCACCACCCUCGGCACCACGCUCGUGCGCGGGUACCAGCAGAUCGAUCCGGACCUUUGCUUGCCGGACAUCCGACGGUUUAUAGAGCAGCAGAUCACGCUGAUUGCGCUGGGCAAGGCGGACCACGGCAGGGUGGUGACGCUCGUGCUGCAGCAGUUCUCAGAAAAGUUCAAAUAUUUUGUCAGCCAGAUUGCUCGCAUGGACUCCCUCUUUGAGGCGCAUUUCUCCCCUCUCGCUGCCUCUGGAAAGCCCAUGGGUCGCUGUGGCAAGUGCGGCCGGUUCAUGCGCUUUGUGCCACCGAAGCCAACACGGCUGUUCUGCCCCACAUGUGAAGACAUCUUCAACCUUCCUCAGAACGGCGCUAUCAAGCUCUACAAGGAGCUCACCUGCCCGCUUGACAAUUAUGAACUGGUUCUUUACUCCCUGCCCGGACCUGAGGGAAAAACGUUUCCUCUCUGCCCGUACUGCUACAACCAUCCUCCUUUUGAAGACCUGGGAAAGCCAAUCACCCCUGCUACCAGUACCGCUGCCUCCUCCUCCAAACCUGCUGCCGAGCCUGCUUCCGGACCGACCUCCCAAGCUUCCUCCAGGACAGGCUCGUCGGUCUUCACUGGCAUGGCCUGCACGAGCUGCCGCCACGUGUCGUGCCGCCAUUCGCUGAUUGCAACCGCUGCAGCUGCGUUGUUUUCAUAA